AUGACAGAGGAAGAGUCGGUAUCGAGAGGAAAUAUUGAGGAGUUCUUAUGUUUUACGUCUUUUCAAAUCUGCGACUUUGGCUUCGCUCGAGUCACAGACCCGCAGACAGAUCACGCUGGUUUUCUAAUCGAGUACCACAAGGUGGUAUCGAGCCCCAGAAAUCAUGCUGAACUCAAAAGGUUACACAAAGUCCAUCGACGUGUGCUCGCUGGGCUGCAUUCUUGCCGAAAUGUUGAAUCGUCCGCUCUUCCCCGGCAAACACUACCUCAAUCAGUUGAACUUCAUCCUCGCUAUGGUUUGCUGGUUGCCAUAUUGGGUUCAUAUCUAACAAUCCAUUGUCGUCUCAGUGAGCUCGAUCAUGAUAGCGAAUUUUAUCGUUAG